AUGGUCUCAGACAAAACCGAUAAACUUUCGUGUACUUCUGAGGCUAUUUGGCUAACUAUAAAAGCACCGGGUUCACCUAGCCUUGACAGCCUGACGGUCUACCGACCGCCGAGAAAUGAUCCCACAGCGGACGCCCGUCUGAUUGAGGACCUGGAGAGAUUCUCUAUCCGGUCCGAAGUCUUAAUCAUGGGGGACUUCAACGCACCUCUUAUCGACUGGAGUUCAGCUUAUGCAUCUGGUCCAGACCAUUCUUUCGACCGACGUUUGCUGGACAUGACCUUCAAGUUAUUUCUCACUCAGCACGUCUCCUUUCCGACGAGGGUGCGCGAAGGGCAACAGUCAAACUGUCUGGAUCUGCUCCUUAUGAAGUCACUGGACAGCGUUGAUGAGGUGCAAUGUCUACCCCCCCUAGGUCGAAGCGAUCACGUCGUACUGCUGUGGGAGUACUCCAUUUUUUCUCUGCCCGAACAGGCCACCAGGGUUAGAAGGAACAUUUGGCGCGGUGACUUUGCCCAAGUGAAAGCUGAACUAAAAACCAUAAACUGGGAAUCAGCUUUUUCCGGUGACAUAAUCAAGGAUUGGGACUGGUUUAGUGAGUUACUGCACGUUCUUCUCAGAGACCACUGUCCUAUUUCACGGAAGAAACUAAAUUGCAGACCCCCGUGGCUAACACAAGCUUUAAAAAAAGAAGUGAAUAAAAAGCGGAGGUUAUGGAGGAAAUUCCUCUCGGAUAGGAGCUAUGUGUCGUUAAAUGCAUACAAAGCACAGAGGAACCUAGUUAGGAGGUUAAUCCUCGGGACGCGACGUACUUUCGAGAAAGACCUACUGAAUCGAGCCGCAGAAAAUCCGAAGUUCUUCUAUGGUUACAUAAGAAGAAGCACACGAAACAGAGAACCAAUCCCGUUAUUGAAAACUAGUGACGACCUAGAACUCAGUGAAGACGGAGAAAAGGCAGAGCACCUUUCACAGUUCUUUAAGUCCAUCUUUACGAAGGAAAGCGCAUUUCUCCCUCCCGACUGCGACAUAGUGGACGCGCCAACGAUUGAGCACGUCUCUUUCGCCGAAGCUAUUGUUCGCAAAGAACUGUUGAAGUUGAAUGAGUCUAAAUCACGUGGGCCGGAUGACAUACCGCCCAAAUUUUUGAAGGAACUUGCUGGAGAACUAUCCAAACCGAUGUCCAUGCUCUUCCAAGCUUCGUUCGAAGCAGGCUAUUUGCCCUCCGAUUGGAAAUCAGCGCGGAUCACGCCAAUUUAUAAAGGCGGCAGCAAGGUCUUAGCAAACAACUAGAGACCAAUCAGCCUUACUUCAAUUUUCUGCAAAAUUAUGGAGAAAAUAAUAAAGCGAGAAAUAAUGCACUUCCUAGAAGAGCAUAAUCUGCUAUGUGAUGCCCAGCACGGAUUUCGUAGAGGCAGAUCAUGCGUGACGAAUCUACUAUAUUGUUUAGAUCGCUGGACCCGGGCAGUCGAUGGCAGCAAUGCAGUGCACGCAGUCUACGUCGACUUUAAGAAAGCAUUCGACAGUGUACCCCAUCAGCGUCUCCUGUACAAAUUAAACCGAACAGGCCUGAGGGGUAAUCUCCUGAGGUGGAUACAAAGUUUCUUGAUCGGUCGCUCUCAAAUCGUCCACGUCGGUGACAGGCAGUCGGCGGAGGUAGCGGUUGAAAGCGGUGUUCCACAAGGCUCCGUUCUUGGCCCUACCCUAUUCAUUAUUUACGUCAACGACUGCGUCAGUGAACUGAAUUGUGAUGUCGCCAUGUUCGCUGAUGAUGUAAAACUUUGGAGCGUCAUCCGAACUGAAUUUGACGAAGAGCGCUUGCAGGCAGACCUGGCCCGACUCGAGAAAUGGUCACAGGACUGCCUUUUGCCGUUUAAUGUGGCUAAGUGA